GCCAUUUUGUUUCCUUGUGAAGUCGUAAAGGAAUAACUCUCCAGUCCGGGAGCGUCGACCAUUCUACAUGCACCAAACCGAUCGUACUUAAUUCCAGUCGGUAUAAACUGGAUCAACACAGUGCGGAGCGACCCUUCAAGAAGCGCUUGAGAUCACCAGGGAACGUCUCAGCCACUGCAGGGAGAUUCACGUGGACCCUGUCGCAGACAUCCGGAACGAGAUUCCAGCAUCAGCGAAGAGAUCCUCACCUGGAAGAGUACAAACUUGUGCCAGAAUGACCAUGCAAGGAGAUGACUGCUACUUCUUCUACUAUUCCACUUGUACUAAGGGUGACAGCUGUCCUUUUCGACACUGCGAGGCCGCCAUGGGUAGCGAGACUGUCUGCAACCUGUGGCAGGAGCAAAGGUGCUUCCGUAACAUCUGCAAGUUUCGACAUAUGGAAAUAAAGAAAAACCGCAAAGUAAUCGCAUGCUAUUGGGAGAACCAGCCAGCUGGCUGCCAGAAACCUCACUGUGCUUUUCAUCAUGAGAAGCCACGCAUCAUUGAUGGGAAUUAUUUUGCCCCAGACAAAGGUCAAGUAAAGGAGAAAGAAGAGACCCCACACGAGGACCAAGUCAACCAAGUCCCUGCGCCCACUGCAAACCCUACUAACCCACAGCUUAGAGGGGUCAUUAGAACUGAGACCCAGGAGAAUGUCCCCAGCCCUACCCAUCCACCUGUGGUCAUCAACCCCGUGGAUGAUGAUGAUGAGGAUGAUCAAUUCUCAGAGGAAGGAGAUGAAUCUCUCGGAGGCUCACCCCGGAAACUGAUAACAUAUAAAGAUGAUUCGCUGAAUUUUGGUAUCCAGACUCUGGAGGAGAUCAGAUUGAGGAAAGCACUUAUGGCCAACCUGAAGAAAGCUGGGCAGUCCACCAUGCAGAGCUCUGCCCAAAACAAUGGAACUGCUAUUGAAAAGGAAAACAUUCAGUCGCUUUCACGUCUGGAAGUAAACAAUGCCAAGAAUGAUUCGUUUAAUGAAACUGGAAAAAGAAAAAUUUCAGACAGACUUGGGAAAAGAAUUUUGAAAAGAGAUGGUCCUGAAGAGCUGCCUUUGAAACGAAGCCUUGCUGAACGACUCGGUAGAACAGUUGAAUCCUCCACAGACGUUCUACCACCGAAAGCUCAGAAACCAGUGCGAGAAAGACUUGGGUUGACCUCCGACCUUCCCAGCUCCGACAUCGAGCCAAAACCAUCCGGAGACAUCCGUAUAAAAACCCUUGAGGAGAUUCGGCAAGAGAAGGCAGCCAAAAGCCUCAAAUCGAGUAAAGUUGUGCGUGUUGUAAAAGAAGUAGCGAAGGAGGAGUCGAACCCUUCCAAGAAAAGUGUCAAACCUGCUGGUGGACCACAAGUUAAGACUUUCUCUGAAAUCCUUCACGAAAAGAAAAAAAUGCAGGAGAAAAAAGUCCAUGAAAUGAACAUGGCUGCCAAAAGUCCAGAGGGGAAUGAAGGACUUUGCUCUGCAGAAGCUGCAGUCAAGGCCCCUGUGCCAGCUGUGGAGGUACGAGUUAAAACGCUGGAGGAAAUACGCCGGGAAAAGGCUGCAAGGAUGCAAGCACAACUUCAAGAGGGCACAGACGACAAGACCCCAACCUCUAGUGAAGCAGAGUCGAGUGGACCUCCAAAAAGGCGCAUUCUGCGUGUUAAUAAAGCCACUGCUGCUGUCAGCACUGUAGGUCAGACAAAACCAGACACAUCUGAUAAGAAACGGGAACCUGCUACAGAGACAAAUGGAAAAGGCGAACCUUCCAGUGUGCCUGUUAAAGUGAAGACGUUUGAGGAGAUCAUGCGUGAAAAGAGACUCCGCAAGCUGCAGGAGGAGCAAGUCACCUCCACCAACCAGAAAGACGCAUCACCUGCUGCCUCUCCGUCAGCAUCAGAAUCCUCCGCCCAGCCUCAAACCACAGUGAGACCGAGGAUCGCCCUCAAACCCAAGCCCUCUCCGCUCCCUGCUGCUGUAGUGCCUCAGAAAAGCUCCCCCGAGCUGUCUGGAGAUAGUACUCCAUCGUCAAACACACCAAAGCCCUCCACCUCUCCGGUCAUUCCUGUCCAGCUAGCUGAGGGAUCUAUGCAAACUGUGGAGAAAAAGGUGAAGCCCAAGGUGAACGUGAAGCCAUCAGUAAUGAAGCCGGCCCAGAGGAGGAAAGCUGCAAAAGUCAACUCUGCUGUUGCUGAAGUGAAACCUCUUAACGCUGCCUGUCAAUCACCUUCCUCCCUGGUUAUUCCCAACAAGCGCCUUAAGGUGGCUUCACCAACCUCUCAGUUCGACACUCAUCAGGUGCCCUGCUCUAACACAGAGGAAAUUCAGAUGGUUCCUAUUAGCUGCCUUGAGCCUGCCAGUACUACAUCAGCUGAGACUGUUGCAGUCCCCCAAAGCCCUGUGAUCAGAACACCCAGUGUGCAGCGCAAUCGGCGGUCCAGCACCACCUCUGGUCGAGCUGCUGCUGUUACCAGUUCAUCGAUGGAUGACUUUGAAGACCUGUUGGAUGAAUUUACUGAUGAUCGGCUUGAGGAUGACUUGGAAUUGGAUUCGGGCAAGGGAGAGGAUGACCUUCUUUUAGAACUCUCAGAGAUGAUUGACAGCUAGAAAUGAGCGAUGUCACAACCUUUAUUUACUUACCACUGCCACUAUGAAUAUAAAAGGACUCUGAGACGUAAUUCAACCCACACUAUUUUAAAAUAAGAUUUAUUUUAUUUUCAAAUUCUGAAAGAUCUGUUUUAUUAUUCCUUUUAGAUUUUUCUUGUCAAUGUAAAUAUUUCUUCAUCAUCAAGUAGUGUUUUAGAAUUAUUUUCUUCAGUUGAUUUCUUAAAGCUGUCAAAAAUGGGCAAAAAAAAAAACCAUUGUUGGAGGUAUGAGCAAGCAAUCAUAAGACAGCCUCAGGUGUAAUGAUUGUGUUGGAGGUCAUGUUAUAGCACUAGUCAUCAUGCAUUACAGCGGCAGGAAGUUUUCAGUUGUGUACUGUGUAUGCCGGAAAUUGUUUUUCUUUUUUUGUGUGUGUGUUGGAGAGGCACUGCAAGGCAACAUCUCUCUCAGUGUUCAUUUUGAGUCGUAUGCAUUAGCGACAUUAUUUUAACAGGUCAUCUCGUUAACCUUUGAUCUGCUAUAGGAAAAACAUUUUAUGAUCUUAUUAUUUAAUGUUUUGACUGAGUUGGAGGUCACAGAUAUUUCUCCCCCUUUUUCAUUUAGGUGGAAGCAAUUCUAUUAUAAAUGUUAUGCUACAUGAAAUUCCCUUGGGAACCAUCUAUACCUUUUCACCUUGUGAAAUGAUUACCAAAUUAUUUUAGCAGUUACUCAGACUUCUGAAUGUAACAUGUUAGCAUGACAAAGCCGUGUUCUCAGGGAAAAUCCUUAAGCUUUGCUCGUCUUUGUUUACCUGUAUUUUUUUUUUUCUUUCUUAAAUUUCUUCACCAUUUUCUCUUCUUAGUUUUUAUUCACCUUCGUUUUCUAACAUCAUGUAUUAAGGGGCUGGGAUGAGAAAAUAAUGUAAUCUGUUCUGCAGUAUCACCCAAGUUGCACCUCUUCAAAACUAUUGUAAAUAAAUAAAAUGCCUAUGAACACA